UUCUAGGGUUUCCUAAGCAGAUCAUGGGGAAAGCGCGCGGCUGGCAAUCGGCCGCGGCAGUUUUGCGCAGGCGGUAUGCACAGGCCGCGAAUGCUCUGAACGGCACUGUUCCCUGGAGAGGUGUGGUGGACUUUGUGGAACAGGGAUUGAAAUCGAGGGGUCGAACCCCUUUGACGCUGACCUACGCCCAGAGCCUUGAUGGGAGCAUCGCCGCGCACACAGGCCGCGUGUUGAUCAGCGGCCAGGCCAGCAUGACCAUGACCCAUCAGCUACGGACCAUGCAUGAUGCCCUGUUAAUCGGGUCCGGAACUUUGCUCGCGGACAACCCGAAGCUGACAGCGCGCCUGGUCCCAGGGCGCAGUCCCUUGCCUGUGGUGCUGGACUCCCGACUCAGGACGCCUCCGACCUGUGGCCUGGUGGCGGCAAGAGAGAGCGGAGACGGCGACGGAGACGGGCGGUUGCCCAGGUUGGUGAUAGUGACCACCCGGGGCGGUCCAGCGGACAAGUGGGCACGUGCAAAGGCUUUGGACAGGCUCGGAGUGCACAUCCUGGAGGUUCCGGAAGAACUCGGGCGAUGCUCGCUGGAAGAUACGCUUCUACAGUUGCAGGCCAUGGGCUGCAACUCUGUCAUGGUCGAAGGAGGCAUGGCAGUGAUCGCUAGCUUCCUGGCAAGGCCCGAACUAGUGUCCAACGUGGUGGUGACUGUGAGCCCCAAAUUCCUCGGGGGCUUGGGCCCAUGCUCAGAACUGGCCGCGCGCGGUUCUUCUGACCUGCUGAGCAUGGACCAGAUGAGUAGCUGUGCGGUAGGCAGCGACAUCGUUAUUUAUGGCGCGGCUGCAUCUUCACCGGUCCAGCCCGUGAAUGGGCAUGUGAAUGGUGUGAAUGGUGUGAAUGGUGUGAAUGGUGUGAACGGAAUGAACCGUGCCCAGCCUGUUGACGGCCUUCCGACCGUUGACCUGCGCAGCAGCUGCCGCAUGUGGAUCGAGGCUGUGGAGUCAGAGUGCGACUUCAAGGUCUACGGGACCGCAAAGGAGGGCCAGGAGAUUGUGGCCCUUAUCAAGGGCAACGUCGAAGGAGCCGAUGACGUCCCAGUGCGAGUUCACUCGGAGUGCUUCACCGGCGAUGUCCUGGGCUCCAAGCGCUGUGACUGCGGCCCCCAGCUGCGCAGCUUUCUGGACAUUCUUCAGGAGGAGCCCAGGGGAGUUCUGCUCUACAUCCGAGGAGACGAGGGCCGGGGCAUUGGCCUCGUGGACAAGAUCCGUGCCUAUGAGCUGCAGGAGAAGGGGCUGGACACUGUGGAUGCUAACCUGUCCCUGGGCCUGGCAGCAGACCUGCGCACCUUCGACACCUCCAAGGAGGUGCUGAACCAGCUUGGCGUUCGGUCGGUGAAGCUGUAUACCAACAAUCCUGAGAAAGUUCGUGCGUUGAGACCGUUGGCACGUGAGGUUUGCCCUCUCAAAACCGUGCCCAACAAGCACAAUGUGACGUACUUGCGCACAAAGAGGGAUAGGCUAAAUCACAAAACUAUUUUGUCUGAGCUUGUAGCAUAAGUCUUCCGUGCCCCAAUGGUACACAGUCAGG